AUCUUAGUGCUCUUCCUCUCCGGCCGCAGCUGGUUCUGCCGUUAACCGCGUCCGGAGACCAGACCGGUACCCGGACUUUUUACCAUCCCAGCCGCGUAGAGAAGAGAGCAGGAUCCGCUGCUGCGGGGGAAAUAUCGGGCAGAAGGAGGGAGAGGAGAAGCGAUGGAGAUUUAAGGAGGCAGAGACGGAGCGAAGCUGGACUCAUCCUGAGGAAAAAAUAUAUAUAUGUGGAACAUUUGGUUAGGGAGGGGCGAAUCACAGUCUAUGAUGAGAGCCUCACACCCGCCCCGCGGGGAGAUCUGCGUGAUGAAAUCAUGCUGAUCGCGUUGUUUCGGUCCUGUCUGCGUGAACCGGCGAGAUUUGGUUUCCUGCAUCAGGAAAAGGACAUCAGCUGUUUUAUCUGCAUCAUCAAUCAGUCUGGGAGGAUCUGAGCAUAUUUAAAGCAGACUGAAGUUUCCUCAAUGGAUUAGAUAGAAACAUCAGACCUUCUUCAAUCUCAUAAUUCACAUCCAAAGUUUCUCCAUCCAUCCCUCCUGAGCCUUCUGUGAUGCUGGACGUGGUGAAGAUGAAGGAGGCCUGCAGGAUCUGUGCCCGGGAGCUCUGUGGGAACCAGAGGCGCUGGAUUUUCCACCCUGGAGCCAAACUCAGCCUGCAGGUGCUGCUGUCUCAUGUCCUGGGCCACGAGCUGAGCCGAGAUGGCCGCAGGGAGUUCGCCUGCUCCAAGUGCACCUUCAUGCUGGAGCGGAUGUACCGCUUCGAUACUGUGAUCGCCCGGGUGGAGGCGCUGUCCCUGGAGCGCCUGCACAAGCUGUUGUUGGAGAAGGAGCGGCUGCGGCAGUGCAUUGGCGGUCUGUACCGUAGGAACAACCCCGAGGAGAGCAGCAUGGACCGUCCAGAGGACACCUCAGUGGAUGAUCUGUCAGCCCUGCAUGAGGUCAGCUACUCAGACCUGAUCCAGGAGGAUCUGGUGUUCUCCAUCUACGAGUCCUGGGCAGAUAAAGAGGACCCUGCGCUGGACCAGCAGCUCCACCAGUGCACCGGAGCAGAUGCUGGGCAGAAGCCCAGGAGAUGCAGGGGCUGCGCCGCACUCCGGGUGGCAGACUCUGACUAUGAGGCCGUUUGUAAGGUGCCCAGGAGAAUUGGACGCAGAAGCACCUCGUGUGGCCCGUCUACCCGCUACUCAGGGGCCAGCGUCGGGGUGGAGGAUCUGACCAGAGCUGCUGCAGCCUCUGAGGCAGCAACUGUCCUGUGUGAUCCUCCUGCUGUGACAGAGGCUGAUAAAAGGAGCCCCAGUCCCACCUCUUCUGAGGAGUCUCUAGAAAUCCCCAAAAUCCAGGAGGAAACUGAAUCCAAGGAGGCGUCUAUGAGAAGAAAACCCAGAAGCGAGGGCUCCUCCGCUGGGCUGGAGAUGCUUCUGAGCCUCCUGAGGGGCUGGCAACAUCAGCCGCUUAGACCCCCCCAGGGCAGCAAGCUCCCAGUGCUUGUGAAAGCCAAACUGGAGCAGAAUCAGUCCAUCCCAGCGCGGUCGCCUUGCGGUGGAGGAGCAGGCCCCUGCGAGCCGUACCCCCAUCCGGCUAUCCCAGAGGUGGUGGUCCUCUGUCCAGAGCAGGAGCUGCAGGUGGAGCUGGAAGAGAUGGAGGAGCAGUGGCUAGAUGACUACAUCCGGUGUGGCCCGUUCCGCUUCCAGCAGCGGCUGAUUGAUGAGCAGCAGGGUCGGCUCAGUCGGUACGAGAAUGCAGCAGGUCAGUGUGUAGGAGAGCUGCAGCAGGCCCAGAACAAGGUCCGGUCUCUGCAGGUGAAGAUCAAAGAGAGCGAGACGCGGAACCAGAAGCUGCAGGAGCGUCUGGCUGAGAUGGAGCUGCAGCUGCGUUGCGCUCAGGAGUUGGCCCGGCAACAGGAGAGAAACAUCCAAAACCUGACUGACAGCGUGAACUCCAAGGAGACGGAGGUUUCUGAACUUGGCCUGGUGAUCGAGGAGCAGAAGAAGAUGCUGUGUUCCCUCAGGGAGCUGGCCAACCGCAGCCACAUGCAGCCGUCCGGUACCCAAGCCGCUCCGGGUCAGGCGGAGAUCCUGGCUAUUCAGGCGUCCCUGUUCCAGGCCCAGCUGGAGCUGCAGGCCGGUCAACGGGCCCAGCGGCAGGCGGCCCGUACCCAGGAGGACCAGAACCGAGCCCUAGACAGGCUAGAGAGAGACCUGCAGGUGGCGCUGCAGCACAGGAGGGAGACAGAGAGACACAGCCAGGAGCUGCAGCUGGCUCUGCAGAAGGUUCGCUCAGCUCUGCAGGAGAAGGACGAGCAGCUGAAAGAGAGCGAGCAUGAGAGACUGAGGGAAAAGGAGGAGAGGGAGCGGACCGCUGGAGAGCUGAGGACCUUCCUGCAGAUCAAAGAACAGCUGGUGGAGGAAUAUGCAGAGAUGCUGAAGGAACCCAAGCAGAACAGAGACUCUGUCCUUCAGAAGCUCCGUCAGCGAAUCACAGAGAGAGACCGAGCGUUGGAGCGAGCUGUUGACGAGAAGUUUCGCUCCAUGGAGGAAAGAGGGGAGGAGGCCCGUCGACUGCAGCUGCUGCUCCGAGAGAAGGAGCGUGAUUUGGAGAGGCAGCGCUCCGUCCUGGACAACAACCAGGAGACCAUCGCCAGCCUGGAGGCGCUGCUGAGAGGGAAGGCUCUGCAGCUGGAGCAGGUGUCCAACGCUUGGAGAAACGUCCAGACGCAGCAGCAGGAUGCAGAGGACAUGCAGAGACAAAUCCUGAGAGAAAGAGACGGCAUCAUUGAUCAGCUGCAGGCGGCACUGCUCGCUCGCACACAGGAGGUUCAGGAUCUGCGCUGCUCCUUACUGCCUCAGGUUCAUUCUGCUCCUGGUCACGUUGUGGAAGAGCUUAAGGUCCGCCUACAGCUGAAAGACCAACUCUUCCAGGAAGUGAUGUCUGACCGGACCCGUCAGGCCCGGGAGCACGAGGAGCAGGUCCAGGACCUGCUCAGAACCAUGAGCAGCAGGGACCAGUACCUUCAGGACUCAGCGGGCCGACUCAGCGAGGUUCUGAAUGAGCAGGCAUCCAGGGUCCAGGAGCUACGCCAGCAGCUGAGCUCAGGUUCUGGAUCAAAGCCUGAGGCGGCACCAGACCUGGCUUUGGAGGUCCAAGCCUUACAGGAGGAGCUGCGUCUGGCUCUGAUGAGGGAGAAGGAGAACGAGGAGGAGAGGAGGAGCCAGGCUGGGCGGCUGGACGCGCUGAGCAGGAGUCUGACUGUGAAGGAGGAGAUGGUCAGGGAUGUUCAGAGGCAGCUGGUGGAUCCUUCUGACCGCCCUCUGGUGGAGAGCCUCACCCAGGAGGUCCAGGAGCUGAGGGAGAUGCUGCUCCAGCAGGACACCCCUCAGCCCGACGACAGGCUGCCUGAGUUUGGAGAGCUGAGCUGUGGUGAUGAAGAUGAGGCAGAUGAAGAUCUGAAGAGCGAGUUCACGGAGAGUGUUGAGGAUGAGUCUGGUACCGAGGCCCGGCUGGACGGUGAGGGUCUGAUGGAGGUCCAGCAGCUGGUGGAGCACAAACGGGUUCUGGAGAGAGAGCUGGUGGAGCUGAGAGGUCAGCUAGAGAAAGCUGGCUUCUCCUCACUAUCCCAGAUGAGGAGAGCCUUCUUCAGCCUGCGAGCAGAGAACGAAGAUCUGAAGCUGCAGCUGGCUGAAGGACCGCGGGCCGACAGAAGGCGGGCCGAGGAGGAGAAGCUGGAUGUGACAGUGGAGGAGGAAGAGGAGAGCUCUGGGAUGUGGGACAUCUGGGAUGGAGAUCUUUCUACAUCUGAAGCUGGGAUUCAGAACCAUGAGGACCAGAAGAUGGAGGACAGAGCAAAGACCUGCUCCUCACAGGCCGGUGGACAGCAGGACGCUUCGUCCUCAGCGCUCAGCCAGAAGACGGUUCUGCUUCAGCUCAGGAGCCGAGAGCUGCAGGAGCGGCUGAUGGUGUCAGAGGCCACGGUGCAGGCCCAGGCCGAGCAGCUGAAGGACUAUAGAGAGCUUCUGACAGAGACAGCCGUGCAGCAGGACAGUAAGCAGAUCCAGGUGGACCUGCAGGACCUGGGCUACGAGACCUGCGGCCGCAGCGAGAACGAGGCAGAGAGAGAAGGAGCCAGCAGCCCAGAGUUCGAUGACCUGGAGAUGUGCACGUCUCUGGACUGCGGCUCCCAGUGGUGGCCAGCCAGCAGCAGCGGAUCCACUGCCUACGGAGACGACGUGUCGUCCCUCCAGCGCCUGGUCCAGGACCUCCGCUCCCAGCUGUCCCGCUCCCAGGCAGUGAUCCGUGGGCUUCAGAGCCGCCUCCGCUCCAUGUCCACCUCCAGCGACUUCCCUCCACAGACCCCGCUGAGCGGAGCGGAGGAGGAUGAGGGCUGGCAGUCUUCUGAUGGAGGAGGGCUGGCCUCACAGCGCCACCAAGACAAGGACCUCCAGGAGCUUACAUUCAGAGUGGACGCUCUGGAGGACCAGCUGAGGAAAGGAGGCAAGAAGAAGGAGGAAGGAAGCUCUGCAAACUGGCCGGGUAAAUUCGACUCGCUGAUCAGAUCCCAGGCCAGAGAGCUGUCCCACCUCCGCCAGCGGCUCCGUGAAGGGCGGGGCGUCUGCAGCCUGCUCACCCAGCACUUAGGGGACACCACCAAGGCCUUUGAGGAGCUGCUGAGGGCCAACGACAUCGACUACUACAUGGGCCAGAGCUUCAGGGAGCAGCUGGCUCAGAGCAGCGCUCUGGCCCAGCGGGUCAGCGCCGGGAUCAGUGGAAGAGACCAAUCUGAGGAUCCGGAUGAGAAGACGGAGCUGCUCGCCAUCCGGCUCAGUAAAGAACUGCAACAGAAGGACAAAGUCAUCGAGUCUCUACGAGCCAAACUCAACCAGCAGCUGUAUCAUCAUCGCCCUGACACACCCAGCAGCAGCCACGCCCUCUCUGACAUCACCGACCAAUCAGAUCGCAUCUCCUAUGUGUCUGACGAGCACGGAUCCAACAACGACGACCUGGAGUUGUGCUCUGACCCAGGUGCUGCCAGUGAGCUUGGACUGGAGGAAACCAGGAAUUCUAUCAGGAUCAGCACAGCCUCUAAGGACGGCGCCCUGCCACGCCGCCUGUCUGUCCCUUCAUCCAUCUCCUCCCAUGGCGCCCAGUCCUGCCUCAGCUGUCCCAGCAUGCAUCUGACCGGCUCACCACACAAACCUGCAGACCUGCAGAGUCGCUCAGCUCCCUGUCACCCUCUCCCUUCUUCCUCCCUCCUGAAGCAGCGCAUCCCCUCCCCUCUCCAUGCUCCUCCGAUGAAGCUGCAGCCUCAGAGGGGCGGAGGGGCGGGCUUCUCUCUGGCUGAGGUCCGCCAGGAGCUCCAGAUGUUGCAGAAGCAGCUGGGAACCAAUCAGAGGUAUUCCACUCCUCAGUCCAGAUCUCUUCAUGGCUUCCCAUUGGCCCAGCAGCAUCCUGCAGAGCCCUCCAACCCCCUGCCGCUCUCUUACCAAGAACUGCAGCCUUCUCCGUUCAGCAGCAGUAGCCUGGGCGCCAGCAUGGCCAUGAAUGCUGGGGCCAGUCUGCUAGAGAGAAGUGCAUUGUGGGAAAUGUCCUAUGGAAGCAGGCCCGCCAGGGUUGGAGCGGACCUGUCGUCUGGGUCCUCGGGUUACCAGUCAGGCAACAGCCACACAGGUUCAGACCUGAUGAAGGAACAUCUGAGGGAAAUCAGGAGUCUGAGACAGAGACUGGAGGACUCCAUCCAGACCAACGACCGACUACGGCAGCAGCUGGAGGAAAAACUGGCACAGACCGCCAUGGAGAAAGGAGCUCCUACCAACAUCUACAUCCAGGGUCUGGACUCAGUCAGCCAACUUUCCAGCGAGAUCAGACUCCUGAAGGAGGAGAACGCCAGUCUGCAGACUCAACUCAAGCUCAUCAACAGAGAUGGCAGCAGAGAGGCGGAGCACCUGAAAGAGGUGCUUCAUCUGGAGCGCUCCAGGCUAAAAGAGGCGGAGCUAGAAACACAGAGGUGGGUGGAGCUAAGCAAGAGGCUGCAGGCAGAAGAUCAAGUCCGCUGCCAAGAAAUGGAGCAGCUGAAAGAGGGAAGACAGAGGAGCCAAGAAACCAUCAACAGGCUGCAGCAUGAGGCCAGGGUCCUACAGCAGCAGCUGGACCAGAGCCGCAGUUUGAUCCAGGCUUUGCAGAAGGAGCUGCAGGAGGCAAAGUGCACUAGAAACACACACCCAGAUCAGGUGGCUCAGGAUGCUCAGCCAGGACAUCAGGCUGUGAACUUUGACCCCAAAGAGCUUCACAUCCAGCUGGAGCAGCAGCUGAUUGGUCAGACUGACCGUCCUGCAGCCAGGAGGCGACUCUUCAGCGAUAAAGUUCUCUCUCCGCCUGUUAGAGACACUGGACUCAUUGAUCCCUCAUCUCCUCUACGAUCCAUACAGAGAGAAGGAGAAACAGCUGCCUCCAGCCUGCAGAGCGAAGCUCCUGAUGGUUCCCUCUCUAGCCGCCCCACCGUCAGCCAUGUCCAAGACUUUGCGGCCCUGCAGCAGCAGCUGGUUGAAGGGGCGUCCUUGGUUAUUCGGAUGGAGGCUGCCCUCUGCUCCCUGAACGCCUCACAGAGGCUUCAUAAGCCUUUAGAUCCAGGAUGUGUCAGAAAUCUGCUGUCAGACACAAAAACCCUGAAACAGAUCCUGCAGGAGGCUGAGUCUGUGCUGCAGGCGUCCCGGAGAGCCGAUCAGUCUGACUCCACGCAGGAUGAGUCCCUAAAGGACGAGGUCGCCUCUCUCCGUCUGAAGCUCUCAGAGCAGGAGAAGGCUCUAAAGGACGCCAUGGAGAGACUGAAGAGUUCCAACCUCACCAAGGAUAGCAUGGAGCAUUUUAUUGUCAGCCAGCUAUCAAGAACAAGGGAUGUCCUGAAGAAAGCAAAGGGAAACCUACAGGAGAACAAACUCAGGAUCUCCUCCCUUCUCCGAGCUUCUGUCCCUGUUCCUCCCCCCCCCCUUCACCUCUUUCCUACCCCCCACCUGUUAGAGGUGAAAACCCAGGAGGCUUCAGCGAGCUUACCUCCUCUGCUGAUUGGCGUGUCCUGACAUCCUCAUCCUCUGCUGCCUGGAGACAGACCACGCCCCAGCACCCCCAGCAGGCAGUCUACCUAUAGCUGAGCAGCCUGACUCCAUGGCUCCAGCUGAAGAUGCUACAAAUGUAGCUUCUUUGAACACAAGCUUCACCAGAGUGCUACUAGAUUUUACCUCAGCGAUGACGGUUUAUGGAUGUAAAUUAUUGUUACCGUUAAGAAUUCCUCCUUGCUUAUAUGUAACCAGAUGUGAGCUUUAAUUUAAGAAAAUGUAAGACCUGAAGCAAAGCUGGACCCUCAGAACACUCGGAUCUGUGAUCCAGAAACUGAUCCAGGAUUACGAGGCUGUUUGCUGAACCGACCAAAAGCUGCAGCUCCAAAGGUCCUCGUUAGCAGGUUUCCUGGAGGGAAAACCGCCAUUAAUUACAAACAAGAAAGAAGACAAGCUGAGAAGUGCUUCCUGGCUGCCUCUGUUUUUAGUUUUGGUGAAGAAUGUGUUUUUAUUGGCAGCAGUUUGUGGAAACAAAGCCAUACUCUGUGUUAGACUCAGAACACCAGUACCUGUUAGAUCAUUCAUUGUUAAAAUGUCCAGUAAGGACAUUUAGCUGCUCCCUCUCAUUUUUUUCCUUCUUUGCUUGAAGAGAUUUUUUUUUUAUAUUACAACAUAGAAUUUUUAUUUCUAGAUAUUUAUAUGUAUAAAUCUGACAAUUUUCUCUACUGAAACACUAGAAUCCAUUGUUGGAUAAAAAGCUGAUCUGUAGCAUGUUUUGCUCCUUCACACUGGAUGAACCUGGACAGUCUUCAUACAGCCUUGGUGAAGUUUUUCCAAGGUCUUAGUCAAAUUUUUGUUCUGGGUCUUUGUCACAUUUUUGAGGGUUCUGUUGACGUCUUUUCAAAGUUUAUGUGAGUUCUUUGCAGGG